UACCUAUCGUAAAUAAUUCAAUUCGUUUUCUCAAAAUAACUCAGUAUGAUUCCUGUUGACGAACCAUUCGUUUCAACGCUUGUAUUUUACUGUGUCUAUUGAAACACAACCGCUAGGAUUAUCAAGUGAUCCCAUUGACGAAAGAAAAUGAAAUUCGCGGAGCACUUAAGUGCUCAUAUCACACCAGAAUGGAGAAAACAAUAUAUAAAUUACGAGGAAAUGAAAGCAUUAAUCUAUGCAGCUGUAGAGCAGGCACCAUCAGCAGACACAACAGAGUCACAUGUAUUAGAACGUUAUUUUAAUAAGUUUGAUGAAAAGUUCUUUCAUUACUGUGACAAGGAGUUAGCAAAAAUCAAUACAUUUUAUUCAGAAAAGUUGGCAGAAGCUACACGCAGAUUUGCAUCUCUGAACAAUGAAUUAAGUGAAAUUUUAUCAGUUUCUGAAGACAAACAAGGAAACCGCAAAUCCAGAUACCGUAACAAUAUCUUACAUAAGAAACCAGUCUCAGCACGCAAGUUGCAGGAAUUGAAAUUAGCUUUUUCGGAAUUUUAUCUGUUUCUUAUUUUGCUUCAAAACUACCAGAAUCUUAAUUUCACUGGUUUCAGAAAAAUAUUGAAGAAACACGAUAAACUUUUAAAUAUAGAUCUUGGAGCAAAAUGGAGGGCAGAGCAUGUAGACACAGCCUUGUUUCAUACCCACAAGGAUAUAGACAGACUAAUCGCGGAAACGGAAGCAUUGGUCACCCGGGAUUUAGAGCAGGGUGAUAGACAGCGUGCCAUGAAACGUUUAAGAGUCCCUCCACUUGGAGAACAACUGUCUCCAUGGAUUACGUUUAAAGUUGGAAUCUUUUCUGGGGCUUUCAUUGUACUUUUCAUAGCAGUAAUACUUUCAGGUGCACGAUAUAAAGAUAAUAAUAAUUGGCGAGUUUUAUGUAGAUUGUAUCGUGGGCCACUACUUAUGAUUCAAUUUUUCUUCCUUAUGGGUAUAAAUGUCUAUGGGUGGAGGUCUUCCGGUGUAAAUCACGUUUUAAUAUUCGAACUUGAUCCUAGAAAUCAUUUAUCGGAACAGCACAUAAUUGAAAUGGCAAGUGUGUUUGGGCUUGUUUGGUCUUCGUCGGUAUUGGGUUUCUUGUAUAGCGAAACAUUGGGAAUACCACCAUUUGUUCAACCUGUUUUACUGUACACGCUGUUGGCUUUAUUUUUAUUUAAUCCAACAAAAACGUUGCGACACGAGGCCAGAUUUUGGGCACUUCGGGUUUUGGGUAGAAUAUUUUGUGCUCCCUUCUUUUAUGUUGGAUUCGCUGACUUUUGGCUCGCCGAUCAGUUAAAUUCCCUACAUACUGUUUUUUUAGAUUUCCAGUAUUUUGUUUGCUUUUAUGUACAAAAUUCUUCGUGGACAAACGUUACAGAUGCAGAAACUUGUAUAAUGCGUGAACUAUCAAUGAGACCAUUCGUGGCUUGUCUACCAGCUUGGUUUCGUUUCGCGCAAUGUUUGCGCCGAUACAGGGACACAAAAGAAGGCUUUCCUCAUCUUGUAAAUGCAGCAAAGUAUGCGACCAGUUUUUUCGUUGUAGUUUUCUCAUAUCUACAUUUGACUAACGCUAAGUAUUAUGUAAUGUCGACUGAGAAUCCUUAUUUCUAUUUGUGGAUAACUGCAAGCAUAAUGAGUUCUUGUUUCGCUUACACGUGGGACGUAAAGUUGGAUUGGGGAUUAUUCGAUAGCAACGCGGGAGAAAACAAAUUUCUCAGAGAAGAAAUUGUAUAUUCUUCUCCGUACUAUUAUUACUUUGCCAUAAUUGAGGACUUUAUACUCCGUUUUGGCUGGGCUUUUUCUUUAUCCUUAACUGAAAUGGGAUAUGUGCAUGCAGACUUAAUGGUCUCCAUAGUUGCACCACUGGAAGUGUUCAGAAGGUACAUUUGGAAUUACUUUCGACUGGAAAAUGAACACCUGUACAACGUAGGCAAAUUCCGAGCAGUUCGGGAUAUCUCCAUAGGGCCUUCUAGACAACAGGAAGACAGUGAGCCGAAGCUCACCGACAAGAUGUCCGAGAAAGUUAAGGAAAUUGCUGACGAAGAGAAUUCUGUUACGAUGCUGGACGUACUUCGAGAGGAGAAGCAGUUAGAGGACGAUGCUUGUGCGGUUCUGGGCGCAUCCGACGACAAGAAUUGCACUUACAGCAAGGGAUAUACACGGCAAGCCUUGUACGCAUGCAAGACUUGUUGUUCGAAAACAGUACGAGCCGCUGUGUGUCUCGCUUGUAGUUUCCAUUGUCACGAGGGUCACGAACUCGUCGAACUUUAUACCAAACGGCAUUUUAGAUGCGAUUGUGGCAAUUCCAAGUUUGCAGAGAAACAGUGUAAUUUGGAUGCGUCCAAAGAUCCUCUAAACACAGAAAAUCAAUAUAACCACAACUUCGAUGGACUGUAUUGUAUUUGCAAAAGACCAUACCCAGACCCGGAAGACACAGUAGACGAUGUGAUGCUACAGUGUGUUAUUUGCGAGGACUGGUAUCAUUCUCUGCAUCUUGAAAACGAAAGAGGUAUGCCGGCUGAUGGAGCUUACGAUGAGAUGAUUUGUGCAGGUUGUAUGAAGAGGAAUGAAUUUCUUUGGAAUUAUGCAAGCAAAUACGCCGUAUUUUCAACAACAGGUACUUCGUCUGGAGAGAAACCAGUAGAAACCGUCGACGUUGUUGGCGUGACUACAGGUUGUACAAUGCCGCAGAAUAAAAUGCUACUGAAGGGAAGUUGUUUUUGGUCUGAAGGAUGGAGGAGCGCUCUUUGCACGUGCGAAGUCUGCAAGAAGAUUUACCAAGAGAACAGUAUUAUGUUUCUACUCGAUCCAACGGACAGUGUGCACGCUUACGAGGAGGCGGGUAAAGUUAAUAGUCAAGAAUCUCGAUACGAGAAAGGUAUGAAGGCCCUUGCUACCUUGGGUCGUGUCGAACAACUAACGGCCAUUGAAGAAUACAACAACAUGAAGGAACGAUUGAAGCAAUACUUGCAGAAAUUUGCUGAAAAUAAAAAGGUUGUAAGAGAGGAAGAUAUAAAAGAAUUCUUUUCGGAGAUGGAGUCUAAAAAACGGCCAAAGGUUGUGGUGCCGACUUAUUGUCGUUGA